AUGGCAACAAUGGUGGACAGCGCUCGGCCAGCCCUGGUGAGCGAUGCAGAUCUCAUGCAAGCACGGGCAGCUCUUCAACAUCAGCAAAGCCCAGAGCUUUCUGUACCCCGCGAAUUCAUUUCCCUUAUCGUUGAUGAACUCAUCUAUCGCCGCGAAUCGCAUUCCUCUAUCGCAGAAAUCGAACAUGAAUGCUCAACCCUCCGGAAAGAGCUCCGCAAACACACCCACAUCAAUGAGGCAUUUCAAAAAGAGCUGCGGGAGAUCGGCGAGAUCAUUACCCAAGUAGCCCAUGGCGAUCUUUCACAGCGGGCCCGGAUGCACCCCCUCGAGAUGUCGCCUGAUAUCGCAACCUUCAAGCAGACAAUCAAUACUAUGAUGGAUCAGUUGCAGGUCUUCAGUCAAGAAGUAUCGAAGGUUGCUAGGGAGGUGGGCACAGAGGGUGUACUGGGUGGUCAAGCGAAAAUUGAGGGCAUCCAGGGAAUCUGGCACGAGUUGACGGUAAAUGUGAAUGCCAUGGCGAACAAUCUUACCACCCAGGUCCGGGAUAUCACCACCGUAACGACCGCAGUCGCCAAGGGUGAUUUGCAGCGCAAAGUGCAGGCGGAUUGUAAGGGCGAGAUCUUACUGUUGAAGAACAUUAUCAACUCGAUGGUCGAUCAGCUACGGGAAUUCGCAUUCGAGGUCAGCCGUGUUGCACGGGAAGUUGGGUCAGACGGCGUGCUAGGUGGCCAGGCGGUUGUGCACGGUGUUGAGGGCACUUGGAAGAAUCUCACCGACAACGUUAACCGCAUGGCAUCGAAUUUGACCCAGCAGGUCCGCGAAAUUGCCGAUGUAACGACCGCCGUCGCACGUGGUGAUUUAACGAAGAAAGUGACCGCGGAUGUGAAAGGCGAGAUUCUGGAUUUGAAACUCACCAUCAAUGCGAUGGUUGACCGGCUGAAUCAGUUCGCAUUCGAAGUCAGCCGAGUCGCACGGGAAGUAGGAACGGACGGCACGCUCGGUGGACAGGCGCAAGUUGAGAAUGUCGAAGGACGCUGGCGCGAUUUGACAGAUAAUGUCAAUACCAUGGCCCAAAAUCUCACUUUACAAGUUCGCCAAAUUUCCAAUGUGACCCAGGCGAUCGCGCGCGGCGAUCUUAGUACCAAAAUUGAGGUCCAUGCGCAGGGUGAAAUUCUGACCCUCAAAGAAACAAUUAAUAGCAUGAUGGAUGGCUUGGGGGAUUUUGCAGGGGAAGUGAAAGGCGUGGCGAGGGAUGUGGGUGUCCGAGGUAAACUCGGUGGCCAGGCGAACGUCGCGGGAUCACACGGAAUAUGGAGGUCGAUCAGUGAAGAUGUCAAUACGAUGGCGGACAAUUUGACUUCGCAGGUUCGUGCCUUUGGUGAGAUCACCGAAGCUGCGAUGAGUGGCGAUUUCACAAAAUUGAUUACCGUGUCCGCUUCGGGAGAAAUGGAUGACCUGAAACAAAAGAUCAAUAAGAUGAUCUCUAGUUUGCGUGAUAGCAUUCAGCGCAAUACUGCUGCUCGCGAAGCGGCAGAGCUAGCAAAUAGAAGCAAGUCUGAAUUUUUGGCUAACAUGAGCCAUGAGAUUAGAACCCCGAUGAACGGGAUCAUUGGACUCUCCAGCCUGGCACUCGAUACCGACGACCUUCAAGCUCCCGUCAGGGAGACCCUGAAUAUGGUCCAUAACCUUGCCAUUAGUCUCUUGACUAUCAUCGACGAUAUUCUUGACAUCUCUAAAAUCGAAGCCAACCACAUGAUAAUCGAGAAGACGCCAUUCAGUCUUGGUGCAACAGUUUUUAGCGUGCUAAAAGCCCUAUCCGUGGAAACCAACGAGAAGGCAUUGGGCCUCGUCUAUACAGUCGACGGGGAAGUACCAGACUAUUUGAUAGGAGAUGCAUAUCGCCUCCGGCAGGUCAUGUUGAACCUGGUCGGUAACGCAGUCAAAUUCACAGACCACGGCGAGAUCAAGGUCACGGUAAAGCGCGCGGAGGAUGAUAAAUGCGCUUCGGACGAGACGGCAUUCCAAUUCUCCGUCGCAGACCCUGGAAUUGGCAUUGACGAAAGCAAACUAGGACUGAUCUUUGAUAAGUUCCAGCAAGCUGAUGGAUCGAUGACUCGUCGUUUUGGCGGUACAGGUUUAGGCCUCGCAAUCUCGAAAAGGCUGGUUUCUCUCAUGGGUGGUGAUAUCUGGGUGACUUCGCACGUGGGCGAGGGGAGCACAUUUUCAUUCACAUGUCGAGUGAAGGUAGCUCAGCCCCCGUUAAGCUUUGCAGACCAGCUUGUUCCCCACCGUGGCCGGCGUAUUCUUUUCUUUGAUCACGGGCUUACACGUAGCUUCCCGAUCGCCUCAGUGCUAAUGGAGCUCGGGUUAGAUCCGGUCAUUGUCACGGAGGAACAGCUAGAAAGCGGCCAGUUCCACGGUGACUGGGGCUGCUCAUUUGACGCGAUUCUCAUCGAAAACCUGGAGAUCGCCGCAAAACUCCGAGCCUGUUCAAACCUCCAACCUGUCCCACUAGUCAUUACAGCACAUACUGUAUCUCUUGCGCUCAGAGCAGCUGGUGAGCUCGGUAUAGCGUCCUAUAUCACUGUGCCUUGCAGACCCAUUGAUCUGUGGAAUGGCAUUCUCCCCGCUCUCGGCAAUCGUGCAGCGAGCACCCCUUCGGGCUAUACUCGUUCACUGGCCAUUCUUCUAGCAGAAGAUAAUGACGUGAACCAAAAGGUUGCCGUCCGUAUUCUUGAGAAAUUCAACCACAACGUUACUGUCGUGGAAAACGGCCUCCAAGCCGUGAAAGAGAUCAAACACCAUCGCUAUGAUGUGAUCCUGAUGGAUGUUCAGAUGCCCGUUAUGGGCGGAUUUGAAGCCACAGGAAACAUCAGACAGUACGAGAAGAUGAAUGGACUUCCUCGCAUGCCGAUCAUUGCCCUCACUGCGCAUGCUAUGCUUGGAGAUCGCGAGAGAUGCAUACAGGCCGGCAUGGACGAUUACUUGUCUAAACCAUUGGACUCUAGUCGCAUGAUGCAAACCAUCCUAAAAUGCUCCUCUAUGAACCUCGCAUCCCUAAAUGCUAUCGGGGGCUGA